AUGUCCGACUCGGGCUCGACCAAUGGGUCCUCGGCUCAGCAGGUGAUCUUCGUCCACCAGCAGAUGUUCCAGGUGCAGCUGAACGAGGGCCCCCUGACCAAGCUGGUGGUGUCCAUCGUCAUGUCCCUACUCUUCAUCUGGGUCAACUGCCUGCUGCUCUUCACGCUGAGCCGCAAGCUGGCGUUCCGCGAGACGCCACGCUACGUCCUCUUCUCCCACAUGCUGUGCAACGACUCCAUCCAGCUGCUCUUCACCUCGACGCUCUACAUCCUGUCCAUGUCCUACACGCAGGUGCACCGCGGCGCCUGCUACCUGCUACUGCUGGUGUCCAGCUCCACUUUCCUCAACGCGCCCCUCAACCUGGCGCUCAUGUCUCUGGAGCGCUACGCCGCCAUCUGCUUCCCGCUUCACCACGGCAACGUGGCCACGCCCAGCUCCACCGCUGUGGGCAUCCUGGCCAUCUGGAUCCUGGGCGCCGCCAACGUGGUCAUCGAUAUUCUAUACGCGCUGGCGAAGGACGGAGGCGACCUGGGCAGGAGGAUGUUCUGCACGCGCGAGCGCGUCUUCGUGGCCUCGUGGCAGGCUGACACGUUCCAAGGGUUUAAUGCCUGCUACUUCGUGUUAGUGACGCUGAUCAUCGUGUUCACCUACAUCAGCGUAAUGGUGGCCGCCCGACGCUCAGCCGGCAGCGAUAAGGAGUCGGCCAGAAAGGCGCACCGCACACUGCUGCUGCACCUGGUCCAGCUGGGCCUGUGCCUCAACUCCUUCCUGUACGGCAUCAUCGAGAGAGCACUGGCCAUGACCAGCAGCAGCAAGGUCUUCAUGGACCUGCGCUACCUGAACUAUCUGUUUGUUCUCCUUCUGCCUCGGUGCCUGAGCCCCGUGAUCUACGGCCUCAGAGACGACGCCGUGAGGCCCUUGUUCCUCUACUAUGUCAGGUGCGGGACACAGAAGGUCAAAAAGGUCAAGCCUUCACACUGA